AUGGAGUGUUCGUACUCUGACCAACAUCUACAACAGAGUUACCAUGGCAACUAUCAAGUUGACGGGGAUGAAGUUUCCAAGAAUUACGCCAGAAAUAGGAACAAGACGUGUAAUAUAUGUGGCAAAGUCUUCAUGAAGCCGUCUGCUUUAAAUAUACACAUGAGAAUUCACACUGGAGAUAAACCGUUCAAAUGUGAAAUAUGUGGCAAACAAUUUAAUCAGAAAACUGAAGCACAAAUAAAGAAUUUAACUGUACACACAUGUUCUGUGUGUGGCAAACGUUUUGCUACAAAAUGGAAGUUGGAAACACACAUGAGAAUACAUACUGGAGAAAGACCAUUCCAGU